GGACUUCCCCCCCGCCCCCGCCCCGCCCAGAACGAGCUUCAAAGCGAGCUCCUUUCCUCUCGUCUGGUCAAUCGAUCUCAUCGCGAAAUCUCAGGAAAGAUUCAAAGCCGCGCGCUCAAGGACGGAAACGUCAUCGACACAGUGUUUCAUCUUCACGUUUCCUCCUCCUAUCCGAGGAACGACUUCCGCUUUCGUCCUCGGACGCUUGAAGCGUGGCCUUCCACUCUCCAGUGGCCGUGCCGCGACGCGCCAUCCUCCCCGCCAUUGGACUCCAAAGGAAAACCAAUUUGAGGUCCCGAAUCAUUGCGCGAAUCUCCCGAAACGUCUUUCUCAAGUCGCUGAUUUCCGCCAAAAUAGUAACUUUCUUCCAGAGUCCCUCUUCGGAAGAUGGCGAGGCUCUUUCCCUCAGCGCGUCCCUCGGCGGAUCUCUUCCGCUCCUUCUCCUUCGACCGGGUCAUCGGCGAGGGCCAGUUCGGCCGCGUUUGGCGCUGCGUGCAUCUCACUUCAGGGAACCGGUUCGCGUGCAAGCAGAUCCGCAAAUCGCGGCUGUCGGAGCACGAUUUCGAGUCGCUGAAAGGCGAAGUCGCGAGCAUGGAGAGAUUGCGAGGGCAUCGCCACGUGCUGCAGCUUCUCGCGCUCUUUGAAGACGAAAAAACUGUCUACAUGGUAACCGAUUUGUGCGACGUUGGCGAUAUGUUCGCCCUCGUCAGCCAAGCGAAUGGCCUGCCGGAGCAAGCUGCGGCUGUGAUCUUCUCGCAAAUCGCGGACGCAGUGAGAUGGUGCCACGUGCACGGCAUCGUUCAUCGGGAUAUCAAGCCGGAGAACGUCUUACUCGAUACAAGAACGUCCGAUAAUGGGAAAACGCAAAUCGAGGCGUGCCUGGGAGACUUUGGGCUCGCGUUACAGAUCCCCAAGGGUUACAUGAUCCGCGGCUCAGCAGGCAGCGCACCGUACGAGGCACCUGAGGUCGUUUCAUCUCAACCGUACGGCGUUACAGCUGAUGUGUGGUCCCUGGGAGUCCUACUGUACGCCACUCUGUCAGCCAAGCUCCCGUCCUUUCCAUCUAAUAAGAGGGAGCUGAUUCCGAAGGUCGAUUUCUCUGUCUCACCGUGGUCGUCGAUCUCUGAAGAGGCGAAAGAUCUCAUCCGUAGGAUGAUGACUGUGGAUUCCACCCAACGGCUGGAUAUUCAGGAAGUCCUGCAGCAUCCGUGGAUCACUGGGCGGGUGCCAGCAGCCAACGGGAGGCGGACAUGUGUUGUGACUCAGCAGGCUCCAUCCCUCAGAGGACAGCCAAUCAAGAGGACGAAGCAAGAUGGCGUUUCUGGCAGCGUUUCUGCCAUCCCUGCAGCUCAUUGGUUGCUCUCGCCUCUACCAAAGUCGCCACUCCCCAGAUUGCAGAAAGCCUCAUCACAAGCACAAUGUGACAACAAGGAGGGCGCGAUGAGCCCUCGCUCUCAGCCCAGCAGCAAGAGAAGACUUCUGGAUUGGAUGCAUUCCUCCUCUGCAACAGACAUCUCCACCACUCCCCACUCCCCCUCUUCUCCCUCCUCCCCACUCUCCCCCCUCUCUCCCCUCUCCCCCUCCUCUCCGCUCUCCUCCUCUCCAUCCUCCGCCUCCUCUCCGCGUUCCUCCCCGUCCUCCCCGCUCUCCUCCCCCUCCUCCUCCCCUGAUCUCCACUCUUUGCCCAACCCGCGCCUCGUUCGCCAUUAUAGCUUAUCCCCGCUCGCUCCGCGCGACGUUUGAGUCAAACCUUUAAAUUGACCCGACUCCUGUCAAGUCAAGGGUCCCUUCACUCGGCCAACCGGCCAAACCCUGGCGACCCCCGUCUCCACUGCCGCUUCAAGCCAAGCCCGAUAGUAAAAGUGCCGGCACUUCAAGGCUUGCGGGUCGUGAAUACGGCACACAUUUUUCCCUGCAAAGGGUACAGUAUUUCCAAUGUGGUGUAGUUAGCUCACCGCAUACAAGUAGUGCAGCAGUUCGGCCGUCCGUGCUGUGCCUUUUAGUAAGCUGUACAGAAUCAGGAGCCACUGCUAGUAACCGGUGGUGGUGUGGCUUAUUAAUACAGGGAUGGAUUACCACCAUCCCAGGCUGUAGCCACCACUAGUGUGGAGGUGGGGCUUAUAUUAUACAGAGAAUCAGGGAUGGGUUAGUACCAUCCUAGUGCGUAGCUAUGGAUUGGAUUGAUGUGUAUUGUAUCUAGAGUAUUGCCGUGCCAUGUGUCAGGCUUGGAUUCUGUACCUACCCCUCUGUAUGAGCACCGCAGGAAACAACCUACCGGUACCUACCUAGUGAAUGUGAAUAAGUUGUACAAAUGUGU